AUAUUGUCCUCAAGAAACUACUUACGAGCAAACUGAUUCCUUUCCACACAUAUAUCCUCAGACUAUUGGUUCUGACUGACUCCCAGAUCAUGCCACUGAAAUUCGAUUCGUUUGCGAAAUCAACUUUGAACAUUCAACCAAUCACGAGGAAGGUGCUUUUCUUGGAAUUGUUGAUAUGAAGCUUCGGGGAAGGUUCCGCGAAAAGUGAACGACAGAUUCUGUUUUAUUUUCCUUGUCUUUUGCGGAUGAAGUUCUCCCUUACAGUUCCAAGAGAGGUUCAGGUGGUGAGCCGAAUCUGAUAUAAGUGAGACUUGGCUAGGGAAGUAGUCCUCAGUGAUCUUAUAUUUGUCAAACACUCGAUGGUACUGUUCCCCUGACGUCUAGAUGGAAUAGAAAUGAAGAGAACUGUUACAGGGGUAAGAAAUCCACGCGUCUCUUUCAAUGGACAGCGAAUGGAAAGAAAUGGCAGCAGAACACGUCAUUUACAUGAGUUUUCCCGGGAAAGAAGACCCGCAAUGGAUGGAAAUGGGACAGGAAGACAUGCACAACGAGAAAGAGGUCCUAAUCCCCUCAACUAUAAGGCCUUAGAAAAAGUGUGUAAUUCAAACUCGACUGAUGAGGGAAUUUUAGAGCUUUUCAACAAAGCUAAACGGUUUGAAGAUCUACUGGAGACAUACGCAAUACGACCCGAUCUGAUGAAGCUUGUUAUUCGAGCUAUUCAUAUGUGCUGUUCACCAAAUGAUAAAAAAGAGAUUGCUAAUAAACUGCUCCGCACAGUGAUUAAAACAAAUUUUUUACAGUUGCAUCUUACCAAGUUUAUCAGCCAAAUGUCUGAUGUCUCAGCGUUCGGUGAUAAUUACCAGCCUGAUGAACUGGUCUUGCUGUUAGCAGAGGUUUUCCUGGAGUUGUUGCAGAGAUUUGAACAGGACGUAAUUCACUUCAUUCCCAAUGCCCAACUGAGUGAGACAGUCGGAGAUCUGAAGAGUAGAGGACUUCUACAAGACGCAGAGAUGUUGGAGAAGAAACUUCAACAAGUCAAGGAGUACAAAAAUGACACAAAUCGCCGGAAAAAAACUCACCCAGACCAAUCUCAGCUAACUCCACCCGAGGAUUUUCGCCAGAUAAGCGUGAUUCCCCAAGCCGCAGAUUUAAGACCUUACAGUAAGCCGUUUCUUCGUGAAAACGUUGUAGGUGGAAAGUACUUAAACCAGGAGCAUUAUUUAGACGUGCAGUUUCGACUUUUAAGAGAAGACUUCAUCUUACCUUUACGCAAUGGGAUAGAACAACUUCAAAAGUCCCACAGUCCGGGAGCAAGUAACGUAAGCCACAGCAAACGUGUACGAAGCGUUCGCGUGUACCAUGACGUUACAAUAAUGUAUCCCGUAUGCAGCGGAAAAGGUAUGGUUUACAGAAUCCGGUUCAACUCGUUCCACCCGGAUGUAGUUCGCGUGAGAUGGGAGAAGAGCAAACUUUUCAAACUGGGCUCUCUCCUUUGUCUUUCAUCAGAUGAAUUUCGCAGUCUUUUAUUUGCGACUGUGGAGAAUCGAGAUUCACGCGACCUUUGUGUUGGCGAGCUUGAAGUACGAUUUGAAGACGUCCAGUUCGAAAACCUGAACCGGUUUAUUGAGGAAAAAGAGAAGUUUGAUAUGGUAGAAUCCCCGGCGUUCUUUCAAGCCUACAGACAUGUUUUGGAAGGUUUACAAGAAAUUGAGCCAGGUGGACUUCCCUUUGAAGAACACAUUGUACAAUGCAACCAAGAUGUGGAGCCACCUGAGUAUGAAAGCAAAACCAAUGGUUUUUUCGACAUGAGUGGAAUGAUAGGAGAAGAAGUGGACUCAACAGCUUCCCAACCAAGUGCUGGUGAUGAUAGUAGUGAAGAUGUCGUGAAUAUUUACGACUUGGAACUCAAUCCAGAAGACCUGGGCUUCAAUAAGUCACAGAUGAGUGCAUUCAAAAUGGCACUGACCAAAAAGUUCGCCGUCAUUCAAGGACCGCCAGGUACCGGGAAGACGUACGUUGGUCGUAAGAUAGCGCGUGUUCUGCUACAGAGCGCCCCUUUGUGGCAGAACGAUAGUGAACCGUCACCAAUUUUGAUGGUGUCGUACACGAACCACGCCUUAGACGAUUUCUUGGCUGAACUACCGAUGAAAGGUGUUGUGCGCGUUGGGGGAAAGUGCAGUGAAAAGUUGGAGAGCUGCUCGCUGAAGGCUCGGCGGAAUGAAGCUGCUGACAACAAGCAAACUCCAUUUCCAAUCUACAGUGCAAGAAAACGUGCCCAAGAAGAGAUCAAAGAGCUAAACGACGAAGGAUCCCUUGAUCUUUGUAUUGCUGUCCUGAAAUGCUCCAGACGAGGAAUUCUCGCCUUUGACAUUCUGAAGAAAUUCAUGAUGUUUCGUCAUGUCAAAUGGUUUCACAAACAUCGAACCGAUAACGAUUGUUUGUUGUGUGAAUGGUUAGGGCUACAAUACAAUCGUGAGCGAAACAAUACCAAGAACAAUGAUUAUGAUGUAAAAAUGGAGAGGGUUUUUCAGGCGCAGGAGUCAGCUCGAAACUUCGAAGACAACGAGGAGGAAAGAGAAAUUCAACCUUCAAAGGUAGCUAUUAGUACAAUUGAAGACAUAGAAAAACCGAUUUGGCUUCGCGGCCAUCUUCUUCGAGAGGAAGUCAUUAGUGAGGAGAAAAGUAAUAUUUACAACUUGUCGAGAUUGCCGCCAUUUGAACGAUGGAAUCUGUACAGGUUGUGGCUUCAGAGAGCAGAGAAAUACUUCAUGAGGAAACUUCAGAGCAAACAGCCUGAUUACGAAAGAGCAUUGGCGCGUAAGUUUGAAGUGAUGCUCGAAGAAGACUUUCAUGUUCUUCAAAGUGCGAAGAUCAUUGCAAUGACCACCACUUGUGCCGCAAAAUACCGCCGCACGCUCCAGCGGAUUCGCCCCAAAAUUGUAAUUGUCGAAGAAGCCGCUGAAGUACUGGAAGCGCACAUAAUCACUUCACUGACCAAGGAUUGCCAACACUUGAUUUUGAUUGGUGAUCACAAGCAACUCAGACCUAAACCGGAAGUCUAUGUCUUAGCCAAGAAGUACCAUCUGGAUGUGUCCCUGUUUGAGCGAAUGGUGAAUGUCGGACUUCAGUGCGAGACCCUCAACGUCCAGCAUCGCAUGAGACCUGAAAUUUCCGCCUUGAUGAAGCACAUUUAUGACGAUCUUGAGAAUCACAAGACGGUUGAGAGAUAUGGAAAUAUUAAAGGAUUAAAGAAGAACAUGUUCUUUAUCAACCACAGUCAUUUGGAGAAUCCUUGUGAAGAUACGUACAGCCACGUGAAUGAUCACGAGGCUAACUUUCUGGUGGCCUUGUGUCGGUAUCUAUUACAACAAGGUUACAAAUCCCACCAAAUUACCCUUUUGACAACUUACACGGGGCAAAUGUUUGCCAUCAGAGACUGUGUCCAAGCGAAACAAAGGGACGACCUCAGCCAAGUGCGUCUAACGACAGUCGACAACUUUCAAGGCGAAGAAAACGACAUAAUUCUUCUCUCGCUCGUGCGCAGUAACAAAGAAGACGGGGCUGGGUUCAUCAAAAUGGAAAACCGCGCAUGCGUGGCGCUUUCUCGUGCCAGAAAGGGCUUCUACUGCAUUGGAAACUUCGCGCUUCUCUGCAAACACAGUGAAAUCUGGAGAAAAAUUGUCGACGACCUAAAAGCAAGUAGAAGCUUUGGAGCGUCUCUAAUCCUCAUCUGUCAAAGCCACAAAGAAGAGAUCACAGCAGAAACAGCCGAAGACUUUGAGGGAAAAGCUCCCGAAGGGGGAUGUCAGAGUCCCUGUGAAGUGCGCCUGAAAUGCGGACAUGGUUGCAAACGGUCAUGUCACCCAAAUGAUGUCGAUCACUUGGAAUAUCAGUGUGGAGAGCCGUGCGUCAAGAAAAUCGUUGGCUGUGACCACACGUGUUCAAAGCUUUGCUGGCAAAAAUGUGAUACAUACUGUCGAGUGGUGGUUGAGAAGGCUCUGCCAUCAUGCGGGCAUAUGACAGCCGUGAAAUGCGGCGACGAUUUGAAGAAGGUCCAGUGCCAAAUACGGUGUGAUAAAAAGCUAUCCUGUUCCCACCGUUGUCAGAGCAACUGCAGCCAACCUUGCACAAAAAAAUGCCAAGAGCUUGUCGAGAGAAAAGAUUGGCCUUGUAGUCAUGAAGUUAAGGUUGCUUGCUCAGCAACUCCGUCAGAUUGCCCAGCCCUUUGUGGGUCCACUUUAGAAUGUGGCCACCAGUGCCCUGGGAAGUGUGGCGCAUGUCGCAUGGGUCGAGUUCAUGUCCGAUGCAAGCUGAAGUGUAGCCGUGUAUUAGUCUGCUCUCAUGUCUGCGUGGCGGGUUGCACAAAAUCUUGCCCGCCAUGCACACUUACUUGCCAAAACCGUUGCAAACAUUCAAAAUGUGAUCUCCAGUGUGGGGUGGCUUGCAAGUCUUGCGCUGAAAAGUGCAACUGGAAAUGCCCUCAUUUUGAGUGUAGCAAACCGUGUGGCAAAUUGUGCAAUCGCCCAAGAUGUGAUAGGCCCUGUAAGAAGUUCCUCAAAUGUGCACGUGGAAAGAAACGCCGUCCACAUCGCUGUCGAGGUUUGUGUGGAGAACAGUGCAUUUGUGCCGUGUGCAUGAAUAACGAUGGUGACCCAAUCACGCAACUAUUUUUUGGUGGAGAAGACGAAGUUGGUGCACGUUUUAUUCAGCUUCCGGACUGCAAACACAUUUUCGCUGUAAAGGAUCUUGAUUACUACAUGGACAUGCCCAAUAACGGCGAAGAUAACCGUCACGUGAUUCAACUGAAAACUUGUCCUCGUUGCAAGACUGUGAUCAGAAGGAGCCUGCGAUACGGUAAUGUUAUUAAACAGCAGCUGCUCGACAUUGAGAAAGUGAAGGCCAAGGUCAACGGAAAUCAAGUUGAGAUCGAAACGACGAGAAGAGAUUUAGGAGAACGUUUGGAAAAUUUACUGGCAAGCUUUGCGACUGAGGUGGCGGAGAAGGAGUGGAACGCAUUGAUGAAACGUGUCAACAAGAUAUCCAACUCUUUAGUGGCAGCUGUUGUCACAAAUCAGGUGAUGCUGAUGGAGCGAUUUCUCGAGAUAAACCGGAAGCUCAAAGCAAGACGUCUUCACAACAAAAUUCAAUCGGAAGGUUUGACUUUUCAAGAGGAGUUGGAAUACUUAAAAAAACGUGCAAUGUCCGAAACAGUCACAGAGAGAGAGCUGUACGACAUAAACGUCGAAUGUACAAGGAUUAAUCUGCGAUUCGAGCUGUGUCUUCUGAAACACAGCAUUACAAAACUCAACUUGACGCUGAUGGAAUCGCAUGGUAGCCUUUUGAAAGAUGUGCAAGAUGAGCUGUCCAGCGGUAAACUUAUACAAACCCAGAGGCUUGACGAACUACUAGAAAUGUUGUCCGGAAUCAGAAAAGCGUUCCCAUGA